GUUGUAAUUUAGUUUUUAAAUGACAAUGAAGUUAAUAUUUGUUUUAGUGGUUUUAUUUGUAGCUGUAUACGGUCGCGAAGGGUUUGGUCCAGGCGAGCAAAAUUGGGGAUAUGUCCAGGUUAGACAGGAUGCCCAUAUAUUUUAUUGGUUAUAUCAUACAACUGCCCUUGUUAAAAAUGCCACAGAAAAACCUUUGGUGAUUUGGCUACAGGGAGGACCUGGAUCUUCAAGUACAGGUUAUGGAAACUUUGCCGAAUUAGGACCAUUGGAUGUUAAUUUAAAGCCCAGAAAUACCUCUUGGACAAGUAGAUACAAUGUUUUAUUUGUUGAUAAUCCAGUUGGAAGUGGAUUUAGCUAUGUAGAAAAUAAUGCAUAUGCAAUGAAUAAUACGCAAAUCGCCAAGGAUUUUCUAGUGUUUUUGAAAGGAUUUUACCAACAAAAUCCCGAAUUUCAAGCCAGUACCCUUCACAUAUUUUCUGAAUCAUACGGAGGAAAAAUGACUGCUGAAAUUGCUCUGUUAUUAGACAAGGCAAUUAAAGCAGGAGAUUUUGAUAUUAAAUUCAAAGGUAUCGGCUUAGGAGAUUCCUGGAUUUCACCGAUAGACUCCGUAUUAACUUGGCCACCAUAUUUACUCAACUUGGGAAUAAUCGAUCAAAAUGGAUACAAUGAAAUUCAAAAUGUGGCUAAUGACUGCAAGGAAGCUCUUAAUAAAAACAGUUUUUUAAAUGCUACAAAACUCUGGUCCAAAGUCGAAUAUAUUGUGGAUAUGGUUACGAGUGGAGUUGACUUUUAUAACGUUUUAAGAAAAACAAAGAAAAUGCCGGAGCUUUCUAGUAAAAGAGCACUAAUUAAAGAUGCCGAGGAUGAAAUAAUCGAUUCAAUUAUGAACACAAAAGUUAAAAAUGCCCUAAACAUAUCCAGAUCAUGGGGUUCCCAAAGCAAUAAAGUAUUUGAAUAUCUUGCAGAAGAUUUUAUGAAGCCAGUAACUAAUAUUGUCGAAGAGUUAUUAAACAGCACCGAUAUUCUAAUAGCUGUUUACAAUGGCCAAUUGGACUUGAUUGUCGAUACACCAGGUACUGUAAAAUGGUUGGACAAUUUAAAUUGGGAUGGUGCUCCGAUUUGGAAAGUGGUAGAAAGAUUACCUUUAGUAGUUGAUGAUAACAUCGAAGGAUAUAUCAAAGCAGCCAAUAAUCUAUGGUUUUUCUGGGUAAACCGAGCAGGGCACAUGGUUCCUGCCGAUAAUCCUGCAGCUAUGUUUUACAUUUUAAAGCAUAUCACUGAACGUAGGUGUUAAAAUAAAUAAAUAUGUUUAAAAAAUUUUAAGAUCUUUUUAAUG